GCGCCGGCGGCAGCUACCAAAGGGGAAGUGAGCUGUGGCUAGAGCGAUGGCCCGGGUCUGGAGUCUGCGGCCGCCGCCGCUACCAACGCGUCUGGAGCGGCCAGAGCCAGAGUAGGGUCCGGAGUCGCAGCUGUAGUGGAAGCUGCGCGUGUGAGUUGCCGAAGUCGCCCUUCCAGACACCUCAAACUCAGAGGGAACGCUUGUGGAGGGCAGAGUGGCAGUCGCCCCUCCGGCACCAGCCCCCCGCCUCCCCCAGGCCCAGACAGCAGGGCUGGGGUCUCCCAGCGCGGGACUGGCUCGUCUCGAGCCAAUACCUUCGAGCCAAGCUCCUUCAAACUCAGGACAGAAGCCAAAGAACGGUGAUUAUCCCUAACCCCAGCUGGCUUCCUGACCCAGGUAUUUUUUUCUGCGCCAGGAAGUGUCGGGGUUGUAUCGGCUAGGCAACACACACACACCGCUGCCACCUCUCCUGCCAGGGACUGGAGAGUUCCUACUGUCUUACUUUGCAUUACCCUCCCUUCUCCCAUUCAAGAACAGGUCUCUUUUCUCUCUCUUGGAAAUCCUGUCCCAGAGGUCCAAAGUACAUAUCCUGUGUGUCCCCUAGCUCCUGGAGCACUGUUAGAAAUAUUGCUGAACUUAACAAAGCUGCGAAUCUUUAAUUCUUCACUCAGCUUUUUUCUGCUUUUACCCCCCCCCCCCCCUUAAACUCUUAACUGACACUCCAUGUCCAGGGCUUUAUCCAUUUCAAUCACCAGCUCCUUGGCGAUCUCUAUGUGACUUCCCCCACUCAUCUGAGUUCCAGUUUCUUCUGGGCUUUCUUCUCCAGCUCCCUGCGGUUCUGGUCAGUCCCACCCCCGGUGGGACUGACCAGGGGGGCUCUGGCCCAGGAUUUCCCACCCUGGAAGGUGGCUCCAAGGCCGCAAGAGAAUUGGGCGUCGGAUACGAACCUGGCAACUCAGGAGUGGGUGCUCCACUAACCCCACACAAGAAGAUGAAAAAGCGCAAAGAGCUUAAUGCAUUGAUCGGUUUGGCUGGAGACAGCCGGAGAAAGAAGCCCAAAAAAGGCUCUGGUAGCCACCGCCUGCUUCGCACUGAGCCUCCUGACUCAGACUCUGAGUCCACCUCAGGGGAGGAAGAGGGAUUUGAUGGAAUUGGAAAUCGCUCUCGCUUUGUCAAGGGAGACUACUUACGAUGCUGCAAGAUCUGUUAUCCCCUCUGUGCUUUUGUAAUCCUCGCAGCCUGUGUUGUGGCCUGUGUUGGCUUGGUGUGGAUGCAGAUUGCACUCAAGGAGGAUCUGGAUGCCCUCAAGGAAAAAUUUAGAACAAUGGAAUCUAAUCAGAAAAGCUCAUUCCAGGAAAUCCCCAAACUUAAUGAAGAACUUCUCAGCAAACAAAAGCAACUUGAGAAGAUUGAAUCGGGAGACCUGGGCUUAAACAAAGUCUGGAUCAACAUCACAGAAAUGAAUAAGCAGAUUUUUCUGUUGACUUCUGCAGUAAACCACCUCAAAGCCAAUGUUAAGUCAGCUGCAGACCUAAUUAGCCUGCCUAACACUGUAGAGGGACUUCAGAAGAGUGUAGCUUCCAUUGGCAAUACUUUAAACAGCGUGCAUCUUGCUGUGGAGACAAUACAGAAAACUGUGGAUGAACACAAAAAAACCAUGGAAUUACUGCAGAGUGAAAUGAAUCAGCACUUCUUGAAGGAGACCAAUGGAAGCAACCAGAUCAUUCCAACACCUUCAGCUACAUCAGAACUUGACAAUAAAACCCACAGUGAGAAUUUUAAACAGGAUAUCCUGUACCUUCAUAACUCUUUAGAGGAGGUAAAUGGUGCCCUAAUGGUGUACCAAAGACAGAAUGAUCUUAAACUUAAGGAAAUGAAUGAAACACUCAGUAAUGUUACCCAAAGAGUCAACCUGAUAGAAAGUGAUAUGGUUGCUCUGAACAAGAUAAAAAAGAGAGCAAACCUGACCUCCAGCAUGAAAGAAGAUAGUUCAAAUUCUCAGGUAUCCAAGCUACGAGAGAAGCUGCAGCUGAUCAGUGCUCUCACAAACAAACCUGAGAGCAACAGGCCUCCUGAGACUGCAGAUGAAGAGCAAGUUCAGAGUUUCACAUCAAAGCCAUCACCAUUGCCAAAAUUUUCACAGUUUCUUGGAGACCAAAUUGAGAAAGCUGCCCAACUAAGACCUAUCUCCCUACCAGGAAUUUCUAGCAUUGAAGAUCUUCAGGAUUUAUUCCACAAGACUGGCCAGGACGUGGAUGGGAAGCUGACCUACCAGGAAAUUUGGAACUCCCUGGGUUCUGCCAUACCGGAACCAGAGAAUUUGAGAGCAUUUGAUUCCAAUGGAGAUGGAAGAUACUCGUUCCUAGAGCUAAGAAUAGCUUUAGGUGUCUAACUGUAUCAGGCAUAUUUUAGAAAUAGAUAUAUACUCUGGACAACUUAAAAUCUACCUGCUAACAAAAACAACUCUUUUACUUACCCAUCAGCCCUCAGUCCUCCAAACUACUGUAGCAGACAUUGCCACCUUUUAACUUGUUUGAAAAAGCUAUAUAAAAAGUUAUUUUUUUAAAAAAAGAAAAACAUUUUACUUAUAAUACAGUGUUCAGAAAUUUAUGAUUUCCUGAAGCUAGUAUGAUCUUACAUUUUAAAAUUGUUAGGGAAAAAAAAUAAAGUCCUUUUUUUCUCUUGUUCUUUUUUUUUUUGAGAGAGAAGGAGACCUUAUGUUUUAAAACUGGAAAAUGUAGAGGCCGGGGAUUUAGCUCAGUGGUUCCACCACCUGCCUCGCAAGUGCAAGGUCCCGAGUUCAAUCUCCGGUACCAAAAAAAUAAAAUAAAUAAAUAAAACUGGAAAAUGUGUAUAUAGAGAGAGUAAACCACCUUUUAUAUUUCAUAUAAAUUUGCCUUAAAUUAGCUGCACUUUAUAGAGAUUCAGAAAAUGUCUUUUCUUUAAAAGAUAAGCCUUUUCUGUUUGUAAAUAUUUAAAAUGAAUGAAAGAUUGUGCAUAUGUGUAGAAAGUAGGAAAAAUGGUUUUGAACAGGAUGUGAACAAUGACUUGUUAUUAAAAAUCACUAAUCUGAUCUGGGUAGCUACCAAGCUGUGUUCACAUCUCCUUACAGCAACCCUCAAAAGCCCUGGUGCUGCCCUAGGGUUUGGUAUAUAAGGUAAGGGCGUGAACACCGUGGGGACAGUGCCAGCCCUGGGCUCAGUAGAGUUGUUGGGGAUUUUUCUCAGUUUUAAAUUCUCCUUCAGGGUUUAUGAGCAUAAAACAUUAUCCAGUGGGGAGCCACAGCCCCCCUUCCCUCCUCCCAAGCAAGCUAAAUUGUCUUCUCCUACCUAUCCUACUCUCAAGUCUACCUUAAAGCUAUAACUGGAGCAAGGUAUGGUGGCACACACCUGUAAUCCCAGCACUUGGGAGGCUGAGGCAGGAUUACCAUGAGUGGAGACCAGUCUGGACUACAUAAUGAGGCCCUAUCUUUAAAAACAAAGAAAAAAAGUUGUAGCUGGCUCCUUCCUUCAGUACUGUCUCCAUUCUGAAUGGCAGUCACUGUCUCAGACUGACCACCCAAAGCAUUAGAGGAAAGCUGUGCUUCUGAUUUUGACCCAGAAACCCAUACCCUUUGGGAUUUUAUAAAAGAAUCUGAUACAUUUCUUGGUGGGAUGACUAAGGCCAAAAAGAUAAAAUGAAACAUGAAAUCAUAUUCAAGUUUCCUUACAAUUUUCAGGUCUAUCGAAGUCAGGGCUGGAGCAAGAGCCUUGACAAGUGCUCACUUCUGCAGCACAUAUACCAAGAGCCUUCACGUGAUGGUAACAGAUUCUUUUCAAAUCUGAAAGAACCAAGUAAAAUAUUUUUCCCUUUAAAUAUUUGUGUAAACCUGACACAAAAGGCCCCUGGAUUGGAAGGAAUAAUGUCACCUCCAUGUCACCUUAUGUUGACUUGGACUUGCUGUGUUGUUCCUAGAAGCAGUCUGAGCAACACAAAAGAAAAUCUUUACAGAACUUAACUCUGAUGUAGGUGAGUUAGGGAGAAACUAGAGAGGCUCUCACAGCACAGACUUCUUUAGUUAAGAUCAUUUCCAUUUAAUUUUGUCCAAGUUGCCCUGUCAUCCAUGGAUGUAGUCCAGUACCCUUAAACAUUUCCCUUUUUAUUUUCUUUAUAUUGCAUUCAGUUUGGUGUUGACUAACCUUAAAUUCUUUCUAGAAGUCUUAAAAUUUAGUUAAACCAAGACAAAGUUUUUUCCCAUACAUGUGUCUGCUUAUCUCAUUUUGGCUUGUGUUUCUCUUUUUAAAUUUUUUUCCUUAACAUUUUCCUUGCCCAUCUAUUUCACUUUCUUGGAAGAAUUAAAUUAUAAUUUAAAAUUUGCUUGGCACUUUACAUAACUUGAAGAUAACUCUUGUUCUUCGGGCUGCCUUCCAUGCCCCCCUUUUUUAAUAUAUACACCCUUACAGUUUUGUAACAACCAAUAAAAUUCUAGCAAUAAAUUGACUUAUACUGCUA